AUGGCCCACUAUGACAGUGACGUCACUGACAUUGUACUCAGGGCGGAUGACAUGUGGCGCCUCAAAGAGCUCUUACCCGCCUCACCUCCACUCCCCUCUUCCACACACCUCCUUCUCCCCUCCGUCCCCCCAGAUGGCUCAAUGGCUCAGUAUGACAGUGACGUGACAGACAUUCAACUGAGGGCGGAUGGCACGUGGCGGCCCAAACUAGAGUCGCUGCAUGGCGCCUCCAAAGCAGGCAAGUCAGCCAAGUCAACUCCUGCCGCUGCUGCCGCCGACCUCCCCUGGCGAGACGUGCGCCUGCCUGCAGGUCAGGUGAAGAGGGAGAUAGGAGUGGGGGGCGAAGUGGGGUUGGGAGUGGGGGAGAAUGGGAAUGGGAUGGUGGAGGGGCAGGGGGAUACGGCUGAUGAUGUGACGAGCGGGACAAGGUCGGGCGCAGGAGGGGCGUGGGAUUUGUUGUCUGCAGCAGCAGCGCUAGCAGGAUGGCCUGGGGCAUCUGGAGCAGUGCAAGCAGGCAUGGGCGCAGCAGGAGGAGCAGCUGUUGCAGGAGCGGCUGUAGCAGGGAGGAACGGGGCAGCGGUGGAUGCAAGGGGGGAAUCGAGUGUGGGAGCAGCACAGACGGCAGAGUCAGGGCAUGAAGACAGGUCGUCUCUUGGCAAUCGGAACAGUGGGCGCGGGAGGGAAGCGAAUCAGGGCAGAGGGGGAGGAGUGGGGGGAAGUGGAGUCGGGGGGAGGGGAGUGGGGGGCAGUGGGGGUGCGGGGGUAGGCGCGGGAGUGUGUGGAGGGAGUGGGGCGAACUAUUUUGGGAAUGCGGGAGGGGAGGAUAAUCCGAUCAAUUUGAGUGAUAGUGAGGGGGAGGAGGACGUGCCAGCAGCCAAUGCUGCUAUGGAAAGAGCAGCACUGAACAGCUUUGGUCAACAGCAGCAGCAGCAGCAGGAGCGGGAGCAGGGGCAGGGGCAGAGGCAGCAGCAGGGGCAGCGAACAGAUGUGAACGCAUUGCUGGAUGUGUGGAGGGAUGACCGGAGGGCAGAGCCAACGAGCACAUUCGACCGCUCCUAUGGUGCAGUUGAGAGAGCACACACGUAUGGCGCUGCUGCUGCUGCUGGUGCUGCUGCUGCUGGUUCUGGCGCUGGUGCUGGUGCUGGUGCUGGUGCUGGUGCUGCUGGUGCUGGUAGUGGGCCUUCGAGGGUCAACACCCCCACUCUUGAUUUCAUCACAGAUUUUCUCCUGGAGGCAGAUGGCGCCGGGGCUGGAGGAGCAGGAGGAGGUGGAGGAGGAGGAGGAGCCGGGGAGUUUGGAAGGGGGUUUGGGACUGAAGCAGCAGCAGUAGCAGCAGAGGGAGGGAGAGAUGGUGGGAGGGGGGAGGGAGGGAGAGGCAGGACAGAGAGUGCUGGAUUUCAGUUGAACCUGGGGUUGGCAUCAGAAGGGGUGGGGGAGGGGCGCACUGGGGGUGCAUCCGCAGCGCAAGCAGGACCAGCGGGAGGGAGAGGAGGGGGAGUGCGAGGGGGAUGGGACGGGGGAGGGGGAGGGGGAGGGGGAGAGGGAGGGGGAGGGGGAAGGGGAGGGGGCGGGGGAGUGAUGAGCGGCGAUUUUGCCUCGCCUCCCCCACCGGACGUGCAAUGGGUGACUCCCUCCCUCCGUACUUCUGCUACUGCUGUUGCUACUGCUGCUCAUUUGGCCAGGGGAAGAGCCACAGCAGGAGCAGGAGCAGGAGCAGGAGCAGCAGGGCAGAGCGGGUCCCAGCACAAGCGGCACUCUCAUUCUCGGCCGUCUGCCCGUCCACCUGCCUCUCUAAGAGCAGCUCCGUUACAGUCCCCUCCCUCCAGUGCUCAAACACCGUCUCGGCUGCAAUCGCCCUCAGGCCUUCAAUCUCCCUCGGCCGUUCAAUCAUCCUCCGCUCAGCAGUACAGCUACGGGCAGGAGCAGGAGGGGUUGUUCCCGGUGCUGCCGACCAUACCUUAUGCUGCACCCGAUGCUACUGUAGCACCGCCUGGAGGGAUGAACCAGUGGGAGUCGCACACCCAACCACAUUCUUGA